AUGGAUGACGAGUCUGAGAAAGCCAACACAGACAAGAGCCUUCUCCUUCACUACGCUGCCCCCGCAUCGUCAUGGUCCGAGGCCCUUCCAAUUGGAAAUGGCCGGCUGGGAGCUAUGGUCUAUGGAAGAGCAUCCACCGAACUACUGCAGCUCAACGAAGACUCCGUUUGGUACGGUGGUCCACAGGACAGGACACCUCGGGACGCGUACAGUAAUUUGGCAACCCUGAGACAGCUCAUCCGCGAUGAGAAGCAUAAAGAUGCUGAAGCUCUUGCACGAGAGGCAUUCUUUGCCACGCCGGCCAGUAUGAGACACUAUGAACCGUUGGGCCAGUGCACGAUUGAGUUUGGUCACGAUGAGAGGAUAGUCAGCGAUUAUAAACGCCAUCUCGACUUGGCCACUUCUCAAAGCACGACAAAGUAUGACUAUGAAGGAGUAACUUAUCGUCGCGAUGUGAUCGCAAGUUUCCCGAAUAAUGUCCUGGCCAUCCGAUUCCAAGCGUCAGCACCCACACGAUUUGUUGUGCGUUUAAAUCGACAGAGUGAGGUUGAAGGGGAAACCAAUGAGUAUCUGGACAGUAUCCGUGCACAGGACAAUCACAUCAUUCUUCAGGCGACGCCAGGUGGAAAGAACAGUAAUCGACUGGCUCUCGCUCUUGGUGUCUCAUGCAAGUCCAACAACGGAAAUGUCAAGGUAGUGGGGAACUGUCUGAUCGUCAACACAGAGGAAUGCAUCAUUGCUAUUGGUGCGCAUACAACUUAUCGAUCCUAUAACCCGGAUGCCUCUGCACUCAGAGACGUUAACUCAGCUCUUCGAGAACCUUGGGAAAAUUUAGUCAGUCGUCAUCGCCAGGACUAUGGCAGACUCUUUAGCAAAACCGCACUUCGCAUGUGGCCAGACGCAAGCCAUGUUCCAACCGAUGAAAGGAUACAAAGCAACAGAGAUCCAGGCUUGAUAGCGCUGUACCAUAAUUACAGUCGAUACCUGCUCAUCUCAUCAAGUCGCAAGUCAGCAAAGGCUCUUCCUGCAACUUUGCAAGGCAUAUGGAAUCCAUCGUUUGCGCCACCUUGGGGAUCCAAGUUUACAAUCAACAUCAACCUCCAAAUGAACUACUGGCCAGCUGCAUCUUGCAACCUCAUCGAGUGCGCAGUCCCACUAAUUGACCACAUCGAGCGAAUGGCCCAGAAGGGCAAGAGGACAGCCAAGGUGAUGUAUAACUGCAGAGGCUGGUGCGCGCAUCACAACACAGAUAUCUGGGCGGAUACUGACCCUCAAGAUCGCUGGAUGCCUGCGACUCUCUGGCCUCUGGGUGGUGUCUGGCUCUGUAUCGAUGUGGUCAAGAUGUUGAUAUACCAGUACGAUCAUAUGCUUCAUAUCCGCAUCGCUCCGUUGCUUGAAGGGUGUAUUCAGUUUCUCCUUGAUUUCUUGAUCCCAUCGGCAUGCGGGAAAUAUCUGGUUACGAAUCCAUCUUUGUCUCCGGAAAACAGUUUCAUAUCCGAGUCGGGAGAAACUGGGACGUUUUGUGAAGGAUCAGUCAUGGAUAUGACUAUUGUACGAAUUGCUUUAGAAAGUUUCAUCUGGAGCACAAGUAUUCUCAACAAAGAGCACCCUCUCCAGAAAGAUGUCAUGGCUACCCUCGGCAAACUUCCGCCCUUUCGUAUCAACAAGAGUGGCCUGAUACAAGAAUGGGGCCUAAAGGACCAUAAAGAAGCAGAGCCCGGGCACCGCCAUGUAUCUCAUCUCUUCGGCCUCUACCCUGACGACUUUAUCAGCUUGGAUUCUUCGCCCGCGUUGGUCGAAGCUGCAAGAAAGACUCUUGCCAGAAGAGCUGAACAUGGAGGAGGGCAUACGGGCUGGAGUAGAGCGUGGCUGCUGAACCUCUACGCACGCUUGAGAGAACCGCCCAAAUGUGAUGAGCACAUGGAUAUGUUGCUAAAGACUUCAGCCUUGCCCAAUAUGUUGGACAAUCAUCCUCCAUUCCAGAUAGACGGCAAUUUUGGGGGUUGCGCUGGUGUGACAGAGUGCUUGAUACAGUCUAACCUCAGACCUGACGAACUGUCGAGUCAAGUCGUCAUGAUACAUCUGCUGCCAAGUUUGCCUUCGUCUUGGAGUAACGGAAAGCUGACCAACAUCAGAGUUAUGGGAGGCUGGCUGGUUUCGCUGGAAUGGAGAGAAGGUCAACUCACAGAGCCACUGCUUUUGGAGUCUACUGUAAACCAUGCUCCGAAUGCUCUUGCUGUCUUUCCAAAUGGCAAGCGGGUGUCUGUGAUCAAGAGUAAGGGACAACAAAAGGUCUGGUAUGAGUGA